CUGACGCCAUCCUUCAACGGGCACAUCCGAAUGCAAGCCAUCUUCGAGCCGUUCACGGGACCGGUCCUCUCCUACUGGUGCGGCGUUGCUGCGUGGAAGCGCAGCUUCCUCGACGCCGCGGCUGCCCGCGGCCUGCGGGAGUACUACACAAUCCGAGACUUCGCGGACCCAACCAUCGACGAGUUCAUUACGGUGGCCCGCCGCGCAGAGAUCCUCGCCGCGGCCGAGAUCGCCGUCGCGCCCGUGCCACAGGACUUGCCGUGGGCUGAGUUUGGCGAAGUGCUGCUGGCGCGUACGCGCGCGGUCCUUGCGCAUGCAGCCGGCGUCAUGGAAACCGAGGCCGCGGCCCAUCAAGCGCGCACCGUGGCGGCGGCUGUGGCCUUUCUGCUCUCGGCGCUCUCGCCCCACCUCCACGGCAAGCUCGGCAUGUGCAGGUCGCCGUACGAACUCUGGGCCAGCGUGCACGCCAAGGGCUUCGAGCUCAUGGACGACUGCCGCUUUUUUGGGCUUCUCGAAAACGUGCGAUUUGCCGACAACGACGAGCGGCCUGACGGCCUCGCACGCGUCGAGGAGCACAUCCAGCGCUUUGUUGACGUCAUCUUUGUGCCGAGUCAUGGGCUCGAUGCGCGGCUUGUGGCGGCCGCCGACCGCUUGAAGAUGGCGCUGCUCUGCAACGCCUGCCCACCGGCCACGGUUGGGACCUUUGAAGCCUGGCGCGCCGACGAACCCGUGUGGAACUAUGCGUCGAUGCGGCGUCGGCUUGUCGAGUACUGGGCGCCGAACCGUCCCCUUGCCGGAGAUGCGCUUGCGCCAACGGUAGUCGCCGAUGCGCCAGCUGCACCACUUGAACCUGCUCCAGAGACGGUGACCGUCGAGGCGCAGCCCAUGCCAUUGGCUGCUGUCAUGGAUGCUCGGCCCGCCGACGCUCCAGCAGCGAACAUGGCACCCGAUUCAGCUACCGCCAUUGACACGCUUGUCGACGGCAAGGGUGCGUCGCACCGGAGUCACAUGGUCGCCAGCGUAGAUCUCGCCACGGACGGCGCAACAAGCAGCACUGAAAAAGGCCGACCUGCGAAACGCUCUACCGAUGCCUCCGUGACCGACGUGCCUGGCAACCAACAGCACGACUACAAGCGGCGCAGGCAGACACCGGUGGCGUCGCCGGGCGCGGUGGCCCGACUGCAGCAAGACAGCGUCGCCACACGAGUGUCGCCGCGACAACACCUCGGCGCACUCCGAGCGUUGCGGACAGCGUCUGUGGCAUCGUCACCUGGCCGCAGCAGCACCGCCGCGGCGCCCAGCGUAGUACCUUUUACCGAGGACGAAGUCGAGUUCUUGCGCGCGGCCCAACGAUGCGCCACGGACUCGGCCCCGACCAUCUUCGAGCGUGGCCGUGCGCAGGGUCUCUUUCUCAACCGCUCCGUGAGCUCGAUACAGCCGUUCACGGAGCCAGUCCUUGCCGACUGGGGCGGCGUCGCUGCGUGGAAGCGCGGCUUCUUCGACGCCACAGCCACCCGCGGUCUGCGCGAGCUCUACUUUGUGCAGCAGGCGGACCCAAACCCUACCCGAACCCUACAAUCCAGCUGGAUGUAA